CAAAGUUCUCUCUCUCUCAUGACCCUUUAGGUUAACGGCGUUUUCAUCAAACCUCUGGUUUCUGCGUCACCGUAGAAGCUCGAGUUUUCAUCAAAGAAUCGUGGACUUUCUGUUCAAUCAAAAGCUUGUUUAUGCUUUGGUUUAUACACAGAAAAAAAGGAAUGGAAUACUCUAGAGACUCUGCAGGGAUGAUGAUGGAGAAUAAGCGCAGUGUCUGCUCUCUUGAAGAAAGCAGCAUUAAACGACACAAGUCUGAUCUCUCUUUCUCUUCCAAGGAGAGGAAAGCUAAGGUGGGAGAACGUAUCUCAGCUCUUCAACAGCUAGUUUCCCCUUAUGGAAAGACCGACACAGCAUCAGUUCUUCUAGAGGCAAUGCAAUACAUUCAGUUUCUUCAAGAACAAGUCAAGGUUCUAAGCGCUCCAUAUCUUCAAACAACGCCCAUUACUACACACGACGAGGAGCCGGAGGAGUACAGUUUGAGAAGCAGAGGGUUAUGUCUUGUUCCAAGGGAGUACACAGUAGGUGUUGCUCAAACCAAUGGUGCUGAUAUUUGGGCUCCUGUAAAGACUCCAACUUUCAGUCUCCAAUCUAAUUCACCCGUCUGAUUAUUUGACUCCACCCUCCACUGCUAAAAUCCUCUGUCUGUCUCAAGAAAAAUGAAAGAUAGCAAAGCACAUGUUACUAGUCUGAUGAUGAUGUCUUUGUAACAUAUAUAUAUAUACUGUCGUGAAUACCCAUGAAGUUGUCUCAUAGUCAGCGAUGUCUGUUUCUGUUAUUCUUAUCUCUUACAGCUUAAUCUCUCAACUGUGUAAUGGCUUGUAUGCAUUACUUGGAUCAGUAUAAGUGGUCUAAAUUUAUAGUGAUGAUUCUAUUGAAAAGUUCAAGUUCUAGGGGAAUCAUUUUGA